CGUGAAGAAAGCAGUGCGUCGUAUACCCGCGAUUCGAGUGUCCGCGUUCGUGUCGUCGUGGCGUUAAUUAGAAAAUCGAUCGUUUUACGCGCGUCUCGGUCCAACAAUCGUAGUUCCAUCGAUAGUCCAUAGUCAACAAUUCGCGAAAUCUGCGCUUAUGAAAUAUGUCGUUUGUACGCAAGUAUUAUAAGAAGACGCCGGUCUAUGUGGUCGAGAGCCACAAUGAGGUUUUGCCGCUAAUCUAUCGGUGCAUAGGGUCAAAGCAUCUGCCCUUCGAAGGCAACACUAUGAUACAUCUGGAUUCGCAUCCCGAUAUGUUAGCAUCAGAUUCUAUGUUGGCCGAUGUAGUCAGCAAUAAGCAUCAAUUGUUUGAUGAACUUAGCAUCGGAGAUUGGAUCUUGCCAGCAAUGUAUGCAGGUCAUCUUAAGAAUAUCAUCUGGGUGAAACCACCGUGGGCUAAUCAGAUGACUGAUGGUAUGCGGACGUUCCUCAUCGGUAAAGACAAAAGGACCGAGUUGAUAAGAUUGACUUGCCCCGAACCAUAUUUCCUCAGCGAGACUUUGUACGCAACACCGGAUGAACUUGAAAAUAUCCGUGAGGCCACUCUUCAUGUGAUAACCAUCGGAACUUUCAUUGAAGAUUCGACAAACAAAGAUGACUUUGUAACCAUCGGCUCGAUGUUGCGUCAGUACCUUCCUGAAAAGGAUACUCCGUAUAUCUUAGACAUCGAUCUCGACUUCUUCAGUACGAGAAACCCGUUUAAAACUCUGUAUGAACGCGUAAACCUCUACGACAAGUUGAUUUCUAUAUUUGCAUACAAGCACCCGGGAUCGGAUGAUCCAGAGAUUCUGAAAGAGUCCAGAGAAGAGAGGAAGAAACAGCUCUCGGAAUUGGAGGAGAUUUUCACACAUUUAUCACAAAAUCGUUCUCUAAAAGGUUUCGACGGUGAGAAGACAGCAAUAUAUGAGGCUGUGGAUCAGCUUUUUCAAGAAUUAAAAUUGGCCUAUCCAAAUUUGGAUAUUGAUUGGAUGAUGGUGUAUACCGCAGGUCUCACUGUAGACGAUCAGGGUCUACCCGAACACGUGACGGAACCCAAUGAUCUUGAUCGCUUGAUCAGUGGAACAUUUAGAUCAUUUUUGGCGGCUCUCCCUACACCUCCAACAAUUGUCACCAUAGCUAGAUCUAGCGAUGAUGAAUAUACGCCUCCCGAAAGCGUAGAUCAAAUUCAGAUUGACGUUCUCGAUCAACUUGGCGAACGUAUAGAACCGGAAGUAGACGUGCAACUGAUUUAUCAGGAAAAUCAAGAACAAGCAUGAAUCUUGAAAAGUUUGUAUUAUCCCACCCUUUAAAUCCUUAACAUCACAAUUUUUGAAAUAAAGGUAUAUCAAGAAUAUA